AUGCCUGCUCCUGUGUCACAUAAUGCUUUUGUUUUAUUUUAGUGAAUUGUGAUGCAGAAGAGAGGAAAUGAGGCCCCACAGAGCCCUACAUCAGCAUCCACAGUGCUAAAAUCUUGUACAGAACAAGAAUAAUAGUGUUAGGUCCUAAAAAGCUUUCAUUCUAAGUAGGUUCAAGCAGCAGCAGAUGCCAGGGAAGUAACCCAAAAAAGAGGAGAGGUAAUAUCACUCAGAGCACGGGAAGGCAUGCUUCUGCACCCAUUCUAGCAUGGGAUCUCAAAGGAGAGAGCUGGUAUUUGGUACAGAAUUGUAAGAAAAAAAAAAUCCUGCUCCUGCUUGUACUGAAAUAUCCCCAACAUUCACACUGUCAAACCUUUGCCAGAGUAAACUACUUUUUGAAAAGAAAACCAGUUUCUCCUGGAAUCACAAAAUUCUAAGACACAGUAUUAACACAUGAACUGGCUACCAUGAUUUCAUGUUUACUUUAGAAGUGACACCUUAAAAAGUCAGGUACCAGAAAAAGCAGGUCACAGCCACAACAAGGGAUUCAUAUAGAAAAAAAAAAUACAAGUCAAUUUAGUGGCAUGUGGUACAGCAGAAAAUAACAUUUGGUCUUUGAAACUUCCUGUACCUCAGGGUGUUGACUGCAGCAACCAAAAGGCUUAAACCUCUUUUUGCUGAAGGAGGAAGCAAAAAGCAUUACUUGUCUUAUGGCCAGGGAAGAGAAGGCCAAGCAUAUUUUUGAUUGCCUGGCUGACCUACUUUUUGUAAUGCAGAUGAUUGCUCGCUGCUCAUAAACUUCACCUGUCUUGAAGAGAAGUACUGUUACCAGAAUAGAGCUUAUAAGGUUGGAGGAACUUGGGAGAUGCCUGCUUGAUUGUGGGUGAGAAAGGUAGAUUAGCUUAUAAAUUAGAAAAACAGGUAAAAGAGCUUACAUGUUAACCCUAGAGUUAACCAGGAGCCUGAGUCAGCAAACAGUUCUCUGUUAUGGCUCAGUCCAAACUCAGAAAGGCAUUAGCCCUGAAGUUAUCACUGCUUGGAGAUAGCAAUGACCAGGAAGGGUAUUUCAGUUUAAGUGGAAGUGACCUUUCAGAGGGAGGUUUGCUGUUUUGAAUGAUAUGGCAGAACAUGAAACACACAAUGUCUUUUAAUGUGUGCCUGAAAACUUUGGCAAAUUUAGAGGGACUAUAAUACUCUUCAUCUGAUCAGCUAACACAGAUGGAUAAAUAAAUGAGUUUUAGGGUAACCAAAUUCUCUUUUUUCCCCAGGUAAGCAAGUAUAUUCCCACAAGUAUGCUAACCCUGGUCUGGCCUUGGUAGGAAUCAGGAUGGAUAAUACAGCUUUUAAUGUGUUUUGCCUCUGCAGCUGAGCUGCACUUUCAAUGCUGUACUGUGCUGCACUGUGUCAAAGGACACAGCUCUAGUUGAAGAAGUGAUGAUCAUGCAAAAUGUUACUUGAGAAUGCCAGGUGUCUUACAUUUUAUGGGAUAGUGGAGUGGUGAAAAAGAGCUUUUCAUCUCAUGGGUUUGAAGAGUUGUUUCUCACUGACACUGGCCCAAAGUCUAUAAACACUCAUUCCUGGGGUAACCACAUGAGGAUUUUCCAGAGCAAAGGCCACUAAAACACUGUCUGCAGUGCUUGGGGAAAGCUUCAGAAUAGAAACUAGGAUGGAACCUGACACUCAGUCUGUUUUAGUAACAGUGUCUCAAGCUGAGAAGUAAAAUGCAUGCAGUUAAUAAAUUUAAAUAUACUGCUAUUUUUUUUCUUGCUUUUAGUUCUGAGAACAAAGGAUGAGUUCAUGGUGAGGAGUGAUCUCAAAACACUGACGUAUAGACUACAAACUUUGGUUUAAAAAUUUCUGUUAAUCAACAGAACAAUCUGUAAAUUCAACAGUGUAAAAAUCAACCUUGUUCACCUCUCCUUCACAUCCCUUCAGCCCACUUCCUGGUUUAGCUUCUACUCAUUCAGCUGCUACUCUGCUUUGAGGUACUAAAUUAACUUUGAGCUAUUGUGCAAGAAAGAAGGAAGUAGGCAGGCUCCCCUGCGGUGUGACAGUGGGAAAGGUCUGAAAAGACAUAAACGUGCAACUUCUGCUGGUUUCAAGACAGACUUUUUCUUCAUAUUAUGUAUUAAAUAUUUAAGAUGGUUAGUUGGUAGGUACACAUUAUCUUCAAUGACAUGAAACUGUACAGCUUGUACAAUCUGGCCCUGAGACUGUCAGCACUGAAAAAUCUCAUUGUGACAGAGCUGCAAUAGUCAGAAGAUGCAUUUCCUUUUCCCCAGUUGACUCUCAGAAGUCUGAUCUUUGGUAAAUGUCAAGUGGGGGUUUAAUUCUGAGUUUCCUGGCUCUCACGUACCUUCUAUUUUAACCAGCUUCAGACAUGACUGCUGGUAUAGUUUUAUCAUCUGCUAACAAUAAGAUGCUGAUAAAAGGGAGCGUAGUACACACUUAGAGACUUGCUCUAGAUACUACAGGCAAACUUUAUCUUUUUGCUGAUAAAGCAGUUCAUAAGGGAUAAAGAUUAAAAUGUGUAGACUACAAUGGUGGGGCUGCUAGCACUGGAGAACCUCCUCGUUCUGGUGAGGGAGAGGAGGGAAAUGAAGUUCAAAGAUUUGGCUGUCCACCCAGUAUGACAAAUAGAAACUGAUAAGCUGUGUAUGUUUGUUAAUAAGCACUAAAGCUUCCUUGGCAGUUCCAUUUGCUGGAGCUCCUUGUUUUUCCAGGAUCCAGUGGUGUUCCCCACUGCCAGAGCUUUUCUAGUGGCAGACUUGGCAUGAUCCAGUGGGGUGAAAUCACAGAGAUGGCUGUUUUCUGGAUGCUGUAAUAUUGCAUGUGCUCCCAGAGCUAAAUAAAGCAGAUCUGCUGAUGUUUUGCAUUCCAUAGCUCAGCUCCAGCUCCAAUUCCUGCAAGGAAAUGAAGGGCUGAGGUGCUGCCUUCCAGGUCACAGAACUCCUCGAGAGGGAUGGGUAGUUCUUGGGGACAGAUAUGAUUGGCAAGAGGUGGUCUAGCACUAGAGCCGAGUCCAGGGUUAGCUACAGCUCAGGAUGUAGCUAGAUUUGCAUCUUCACUUGUGCAAUGACCCCAGAUGCCCGGGCCUGGCUCGAGAGUCACUGUAAGGGCGAGGCAGAAUCAUUGCUGUUCCUGAAACACAGAUCCAAAGGCUCUCCCUGUGGAGACCUUUCCCAGCUCGAGCCAGCUCACCUGCGAGAAAAACAAAACCCUCUUGGCUGCAAAUUGAUUUUCCUCCUUUUAGUGACUUCCUCCUAAACAUAUCCAUUUGCCCUCAGUAACUCUGAAGUCCAAAAGCUCUCGGAAAAAAACUCCCAGCUCCUUGCCAGUGUGUCUCACGGGAUGCGUGCCGAGGAGCCCAGCCGGCUCUCCCCUGGCAGCAUUUUCCCGGCAGCUUUCCCGUCCGGACGGUGGCAGGGCGGCUCCUUGCCCUCUGCCCUGGAUGUCUGGCUGUGCCGUGCACAGGCUGCUCUCUGGAGAAUCCACAGGCGCCCGCCACACUCCCCGCAGCCCCGGUGAAGAGUCAGGAUGUCUGUGUCGGUGCCCCGUCCAUGUCCUCGCCAGCACGCCUGUUGUGCCUGUGGCAGCACACACCGAUGGUGCCGAAGCGAUGGGGCGCCCCAAACUUGAGUGUGGUUUGUAUCCCGCUGCUCAGCAGGGCUUGCGAAGCUUCCACUCCGCCGCCUGCUGAAACUCCUCGGCGCACAUCUCCUCCACGAGUUCCGUAAGCCCUCGGAGGAAGGCUGGCAGCUUAUGUGGGCGUCGUGUGGGUUUUUUCUCAGCCCGCGCUGUGAUGUUUGAACGCUGCAGCCCCACACUCAGCCCCGCUCAGGGCUCCCGCAGGCUGCUCCUUUGCAAGGCAGCGGUGUACAGCGACCGAGCGCCGUGCCAGGCACGGGACAGCGCCAAAAUCUCUCCCCUCUGAAUCCAGAGAGAUAAACCCGAGCUGAACGUGUUUUGAGGAAAACCUGGCUGGAAACAUUUUGAAAUCCACCCGCCCCCUUGCCAGCCGCAGCCCCGCGGGGCGGGCCGGGCCCUGCGCAGCCGCUCUGGCCGGCUCAGGGCGGUAUCGCUGCCGCCGCUGCCCGGCUCCGUUCCAGCGCUGCCCCUCCUAGCGCCGUGCUCGGGGCCCUCCGGUCACGCCUGCCCGCAGCCCAGAGGCUUCUGCCCGCUUCCCUUCUCCCUUUGGCGGCCUCGGGGCGGGAGGGCCCUCGCUGGGCCCGGCAGCGGCGUGGAGGGCCCGAGGCCCGGCUGUGCGAGUGCGGCCCGGCCCGGGGCAGCCCUGCCGCGCUUUUCACUUUCCCCGUCUUUCCACUCCCUCCUCCGCCGAGCUCUGGCUGCUCGUGGGCUGCUGCAGCGCUGUUUCCCCUCGGGAGCUGGAAAAGGGGAAGGAAACGAGGCUGGGAGGAAGAGAAACCCCCUCACCUGCUGAGCCCGGCAGCUGCAGUCUGGCCUUGACAAACCAUGAAGGAAGAAUGAGGGGGAAUCCUGAAGCAGCAGCAGCAGUCUGUUUGCUCCUGGACUUUGCCCAAAGGGACUGUUUGCACAUCAGUGCUCUCUCUUACCAGUGGGACCAUGGAAGGAAAGGAGAUGUCUCUGAGUCACACCUCAGAGAGCAGCAUAUUGGACCUCCCCUCUGUUUCUGACCUAGCAGAGCACUUUCUGCCUCCACACAGCUCUGAAAACAGCGAGGAGCUUUAUCCUUCUGGGGAUGUUUUUCCCUCUCCACCCACAGGUGCCAGUGCAGCUCCAGUGGAAAAAGACCAUACCGAGGAAAUGGUAACCCGGUGCAUAGUGGAGGUCCUGUCCAACGCUCUGUCUAAGCCCAAUGCACCCCCCAUUAAUCCUGAAUGCAAAGAAAUCCUGAAGAAGAGUGAUAAAGAUGACAGAGAGAGGAGUGAAAACAUACAGCCUGAAGUGAGGCACCCCAAAGACCCAGCAGAGACCGAAAAACAUCCUGCUGGGAGCGUGGAGAAAGAGCAAAGGCAGGCAGAAGAGGAAUCCAAAACGUACAUGGAAGGAGGUGAUGAGGAGAAACUCACUCGUGAGGAAGGUAAAAGCAAGGAAGAGGAGGCUGGGCACCACACACCUGCUCAGGACGAGACACUUCACACGGAAGAAAAGAAGCACUACCAGGAAAUUGGGAGAGAGGAGGGGAGGAAUUACCACAGUGAAGAGGAGAGCAAAGAGGGCAAGUGUUGUGAAGAUGUAGAGGCUGCUGUUCUCACCAAGAAGUCCCACUCCGAGGGCAUGAGCAUGGAUGAGCUCCGUGGUGGGAAUGAUCAGAGCCCCAGGGGCCACUGGCACCUGGAGGAGGGAGUGCAGAGCCCUUACAAACAAAUUCGGGAAGGUGAAGAGGGAGAGGAAGAAAGGAGUGAGAAAUACCACCAUGAGUCUCAGGAACGUGGUUUCUCUCACCAGCAGGAGCGUGAAGAAUCUGAGGAGAGUGAAGAAAGAGAGGAGAGAAAGGAACCCUACAAACCCAAAGGUUAUCAUGGGAAGCACAGGGCGGGUGACUCCUAUGAAGAGAAGAGGGGCCGUGGUGGUGAGAGGGGGGAACCAGCGGGGGGAUCACACCCAGGGGAGGCCAAUCUCUGGGAGCAGUGGAAGCACCGUCAGAAACAUCAGGAAGAGUCUGAGGAGAAGGGUGGCUCUGCUGGGAGGCGUGGGCCUGAGGAGCUGCAGGAGGAGAGGCCUGCAGGGCAGGGCAGUGAGGAGCACAGGGACAGCUGGCAGCAGAGCCAGGAGAGCAGGGAAGAGGAAAACAAGAGGCAUCACCACAGUGAGGAGAGCGAAGAGAAGUGGCGUGAGGAGAGGAGACACCACGACGGAUCACGCCGUUCCGAGGGGAGGAUGUACCUUGCUGAUGAAAACGAGGAGGGGCUGGACAGGAUUCUCAGCAAGGAGAAGCAGCGUCGUGUCGGAGGGAGACCGCGCCUCCGGAGCAGGGAAGAGGAAGGGUCACAGAAGACCCAUGCUCGGGAGCACCAGGGGCAGGCCAGGAGGCACUACAGCACUGAGGACAGCCUGGAGGAGGAGGAGGUGGUGGAAAAGAAGCAUCACAGCAGUGACCAGGUGGAAAAUGAAGAGGAGGAAAGAUUUGCAGAGAGGGAAGAAUACAGAGGCCAUCUCCCUGCAGAGAAAGAGAAGAGAACUGCAGCAUCCUACAGGCCUUUCUACCCUCUGCUGUGGUGGAAAAGCCGGCACUUGGACAAAAGGGACGGUGCAGGGGAGCAGCUUCUGGAGGGCAGGGAGGAAGGCAGGCCCACCCUGAGUGAGAAGAGCCUUUUCCCUGAGUACAAUGACUACGAGUGGUGGUCAGAAAAGCAGAUCCAGAGUGCUCUGAACCAAAGGCGCACCGAGAAGAGGAAUCCUGGCAAAACAAACGGAUACGGUGUGGAAAGGCAGUACAACAAGAUGGAUCAACUUGCACAGCUCCUGAACUACAGGAAGAAGUCAGCUGAACUCCCAGAGCUGUACAGCUCUGGAGAAGACCUGAAGAAACGUCACGUAGCUGGGAACGACAGAAGGAGCCGAAGCCAGAGGCCCCUGACGGAAGAGGAGGAAAAGCAGCUGGAAAACUUGGCCACCAUGGAUCUGGAGCUGCAGAACAUAGCAGAGAAGAUCAACAGCCUCAGGAGAGGCUGAAGGUGUCCUCGUGCUGCCCGUGUUCUGUGGUAAAUUCACUGCCACUGGAUUGUUGUUUGCCCUAAACCCAGGAAAUUCUAUUCACUGUCCACUCUCGUGUAGUGAUUUACACAGCUGAAAGUGUCUUUAAUUUGCUGUUAUGCUCCUGAGACCUGAAUGGCAUGAAUUUUAGUAAUAUAACCUUUCAUGUGGGCAGGUAUUUUUAAUAUGCUUUUGGAGAUAAUUGUGUUAGUGUUCUUCAGGAAUAUAUUUGUCUGAGUUUGCAAUAAUAAAAACCAUUGAUCUUGGACCAAA